AUGGCCGCAACUACUACCACCAAAGUCCCACAUCUAGGGGGUAUCGACGCAGGAUAUAGGCUCUCUCCUGGAGGAAUCGACGCUGCCAAGCCUACUGUCGUGCUCAUCAAUUCCAUGUGCACCACUUCCUCUCUUUACAAUGUCCAGUUUGAGAACAAGACGCUGACGGAUACCGUCAAUCUGUUGGCGAUCGAACCUCUGGGCCAUGGCGCAACCAGCUCUGUUUCAGAGCAGUUCACCUACUGGGACACUGCCAUCAUGGCCCUCCAGGUAAUGGACGCUCUCAACGUCAAGAAGGCAUUUGCCGUCGGAACAAGUCAGGGCGGCUGGAUGGUCGUUCGCAUGGCCCUGCUGGCUCCAGACAGGAUCCUUGGGUUACUUCCCCUCGGCACUUCGAUGGACUCUGAAUCAGCUGCUUCCCGAGAGAAGGGCUGCUGGGAUCCUCAGACUCAGCUCCUCCCCUUUUAUGACAGUUGGUGUAGCGCCACACCAACUCCUGACUUUGUUGUAGACGAAGUGUGGCGUGGCAUGGUUGCUCAGCUGGGCUUUUCUGGUACCAUCACACCAGAGACCUUGUCGUUCUGGGAUGAAACUCUCAAGAAGGUCUAUUCUGGGGACGAAGGACGUAGAAAGCUGCGCAUGGCAUUGGCCUGUUUGAUGGAGAGAGAUGGUCUGCUCUUCCGACUUCGGGAUGUCAAAUGUCCUGUGUACUGGCUCCAGGGUGCUGAGGAUCCCGUAUUCGGCAACAUUGUACCCAAGGAACACAUUAAGCUGUUCACGAAUUCGCCAGAGGCGACGUUGACAUUUGUUGAAGGCGGUGGUCACUACUUGAACGCUACGAGCCCCAAAGAAGUUAAUGAGGCCUUGCUGAAGAUGGUCAAGACGUAUGCUUAG